AUGGCCCUCUAUAGAUCACCAGUCAUUCCAAUUCAUGAUGUGACGAAUUUGUCUGUCUCGCAGUUCAUGACACAAUACAAUCCUGAUGAUGUAGAAGCAUCUAAAGUGGUUCAUACCGAGUCCCUCUCUGAUGAAACUAUCACGUAUGGCUCGCUUCGCGAGCAAGCUUCCCAGGCUGCCUGGGGCUUACAGGAAAACCUAGGGCUGAAGCCAGGAAACACUUUACUUGCAUUGGUUAACAACUCCAACGCAUUUGUUCGUCUUGCUCAUGCAACAUGGUGGGCGGGGGCUAUUUUUGCACCACUCAAUACAUCGGCAACGCCCCAUGAUAUUGCUCAUAUUCUGAAGAUCGUCAAGCCAACACACAUUGCCACUAUUGAAGAGAAGCUUGGCGCAAUUCAAGAGGCCUUGGCCUCCCUACCUAACACGGACAUCAAGGUUAUGACCGUUCGCUGCAAGGUGGAGGGUCUCCCACAAUUUCCAGACGACGUGACAGGUAAAGGAUCUACACAGAGCAUACCACCUUAUGAUCUUCAGGGAAAGAGCUCCAAGGAUGUACCCAGUACUAUUUGCUUCUCCUCUGGCACGACGGGUAAAAUGAAGGGUGUUCAACUCUCUCAUUACAACCUUAUCAUGAACAGCAUCACAAUGCGUGCUUCCAUGCCCGCUAGAGUCAACUCAACUGUCCGCGAAGUAUUCUUCGCGCCUUAUUGCCAUGUUUAUGGUCUGACCAUAGCGGUUCUGGCCGGUAUGUGGGUUGGGGCCCAUUAUUGCGGACUUGCUGCUUUCGACUUGGAAACAUUCUGCCAAAAGUCAAGCGAAGUGCAGGUAACAGAUCUGCACAUUGUGCCUCCGGUGGCACUUGGCCUUGCUGCCUCGCCCGUUGCUCAAAAGUAUGAUUUGUCUUCCUUGAAGAGAAUUGUAAUCUCUGCUGCACCAUUGAAAAAAUCUGUGCAACAGCUGCUCAAAAAGCGUCUUCCCCAUACUAGUAUCUGUCAAGGAUACGGACUUACGGAAUGCGCUGGUGGAGUUAUUCAUGAGAUUGAUGAAGAUGAGGCUGCUUUCGGAUGUGUUGGCAAGCUAUUUGCUGGAAUGGAAGCUCGUCUCGUUGACCCGAAGACAAACGAAGAUGUCGCUCUUGGUGAAGAAGGUGAACUUUGGCUCCGUGGCCCAGUCGUCAUGAUGGGCUAUGUCAAUGAUAGCGAAGCAACAAAGCGAACUUUCUCCUCCGAUGGCUGGAUUAAAUCAGGAGAUAUAUUGAAGAUGGAUGAGAACCAGAACUUUUGGGUCACCGACCGUCUCAAGGAGAUGAUCAAGUACAAAGGUUUCCAAAUUGCCCCGUCAGAACUUGAAGAUAUGCUUCUGCGCCAUUCAAAUGUGAUCGACGCUGCAGUGUGUGCAGUCUACGAUGAUGCCCAAGCAACUGAGGUUCCCCUCGCCUACGUCAGCCUCUCACCGGAGACAGUGGAGUUGAAAGACUCUGAAAAGCAAGUAGUCCUGGAUGAAAUCCGAUCCUGGAUGGAUAACCAGCUUGCAGGGUACAAGAAGCUCAGGGGUGGUGUAUUCCAUCUCCAGACCUUGCCCAAGACUCCGACUGGCAAGAUUCUUAGGAGACUUUUGCCUGCGAAGUUGAAUGAGGCGAGGGAAGCGAAGCUUUAG